AUGGAGACCAGGGCUGAAGUUCUCUCCUGCUCCAUCUGUCUGGAUCUACUGGAGGACCCAGUUACUCUUCCCUGUGGACACAGUUUCUGUAAGAACUGUAUUCAAGGAUACUGGGACAUACAAGAUGAGAAGUGUCCACAGUGCAGACGCACCUUCGCACAGAGGCCUCCCCUGGAGAAGAACAUUAUGUUAGCAAAGUUAGUGGAGGAGCUGAAGAAGAUGUUAGCUGGACCUGAAGACGUGGCCUGUUACUCCUGCGCUGGAAGGAAAAUGAAAGCCGUCAAGUCCUGCCUGGUCUGCCUGACCUCUUACUGUGACCUACACCUCCAGCCUCAUCUAGAGGAUACGGCCCUCAGGAGACACAAGCUGGGGGACCCGUCCAAACAGCUCCAGGAUAUCAUCUGCUCUCAACACAAUGAGGAGAAGGGGAUCUUCUGUCGUACAGAUCAGCAGCUCAUCUGUCUUCUCUGUGCUGUGGACCAACACAAGAACCACAACAUUGUCUCUGUCGCUGUAGAGAGAAGAGAGCGAGAGAAAGAGGUGGAUCAGAGUCGUGGAACGAUCCAGCAGAGGAUCCAGGAGAGAGAGGCAGAUAUGAAGAUGCUUCAGAAGGAGGAGAGGAACAUACAGACCUCUGCUGAUAAAGCAGUGAAGGACAGUCAGGAGGCACUCACCUGGCUGAUCCAGAAUGUCCAGAGGAGAUUGUCUGAUGAGGAGCAGCAGAUCAGAUCUCGGCAGGAGUCUGAAGUUGCACGAGUCCAGGGACUUCAGGAGCAGUUGGAGCAGGAGAUCGCUGAGCUGAAGAAGAAAGAUGCUGAGCUGCAACAGCUGGCGCUCACCAACAGUCACACAGUCUUUCUCCACAACUUCUCCUUGCUCUCAGAGGUCAGUGAUGACAUGUUUCCCAUGGUCUCCUCCAGGACCCACGUCCGACCUCACUGCUGCUUUGAGGAAGUGGCAGCAGCUGUGUCCGCCAGUAGAGACCUCAUCCAGGACCUUCUAAGUGACACAUGGACCAACAUCUCACUGAUGCUCGCUCCAGAGCCCGAGACCAGGGAUGAGUUCCUCCUAUUCACACGAGACAUCACUCUGGAUCCAAACACUGCGAGCUCAUGGUUUGUGCUGUCUGAAGGAAACAGGAAAGUGACAAACAUGAGGGAAGAUCAGUCUCCUCCUCCUCAUCCAGACAGAUUCACUGAUUAUCUUCAGGUCCUGAGUAAAGAAUCUCUGACUGGACGUUGUUACUGGGAGCUGGAGGUGACAGGAAAACUUGAUAUCGCCGUCUCAUACAAGAACAUCAGCACAUCAGGAGCAGCAAGUAGAUUUGGAUUUAACAACAAAUCUUGGUCUUUGCUCUGUUCCGACUCUGAUUGUUCAUUUAUACACAACAGCAUCAGAACCACAGUCUCCAGUGUUCAUCCCUCCAUAGUGGGUGUGUACCUGGAUCAUUCUGCAGGUCUUCUGUCCUUCUACAGCGUCUCUGACACCAUGACCCUCCUCCACAGAGUCCACACCACCUUCACUCAGCCUCUCCAUGCUGGAGUCUGGGCUUGGUCCUCAUCCAAAGAGAAGACUGUUAUCACUGACAAGGAGAUGAACUCCACCACUGCGUUUCUGUCUGAGCAGCAGUUCAACUGCUUCCUCUGUCAGAAGGUGUUUUCCGACCCGGUCUCCAUACCCUGCGGUCACAGCUUCUGCUUCACUUGCAUCACGCCCCUCUGGGAGUCCCCGCAAUCAACCAGGUGUCCAAAAUGUCACACGUCCUUCAGUAGACGUCCAGAACUCUGCGAGAAUUCCUUUGCUCGAGAGAUGUCAGAGCAGAUCAGAGCUGUGAGACGGAGCAGAUUGCCUGGACGUGUCGUGUAUUGUGAUGUUUGCACCCAGACCCGAUCUGUGGCUCUGAAGUCUUGUGUCGGGUGUCUGAUGUCGUACUGUGAGGCUCACCUGAGUCCUCACCUGAGGCUGGCUGACCUCAGCGGUCACCAACUCACUGAUCCUGAGGACAGCCAACAAAGGAUUCGUGCCAGGAAGCUUGCGAUAGAGAUUGGCAAGAAGGUAAAUGAGAAACUCAAGAAGCUGGAAGAGAUCAGAGUGUCCACGGAACUCAGCCGGGAGAACUCGGAGUUGGACCUGGAGGAGAGCAGGAGGAUCUUCUCUUCACUGUUUGCUUGGAUGGAGAGACGUCAGGAGUUUCUAGAGGAGACCAUCAGGCGGAGACAGCUGGAGGCUGACCAGCUGGCCAAGGGGCUGAUGACAGAGCUGCAGGCCGACAUCAGUGAACUCCAGAGAAGAAGGCGAGAACUGGAAAGUGAUGACGUCGAUCUUCUACAGUUUCCAGGAGUGAGUUCACGUGCCAUGUGGACCAGCCCUCACACGGGGGUCCAUUCAGACGUUAAUCUGGGGAUUGUGAGACGAGCUAUCGAUGACAUGGAGCAGCAGCUGCAGUCACUGGUGAAAACACUGGACACUCAAGACCACAACAAGAUCAAGCAGUAUGCAGCUGAGGUACAGAUGGACGUGCGGACGGCAAACGCCUGGCUGGUAGUGUCUGAUGACGGGACGCAAGUGUGGGAUGGAGAAGAGGAGCAGGACCUGGAGGACCUACCUGAGCGGUUCACUUCGGCUCCCUGUGUCCUCGGAACCAUGGGUUUCACCAGUGGGAGGCACUACUGGGAGGUUGAUGUUGGAGACAAGACAGCGUGGGACCUGGGCUUGGCCCGCACAUCCAUCAACAGGAAGGGCAAGGUCACCCUCAGCCCAGAGGACGGUUACUGGGCGAUAUGUUUGAGAAGAGGCAGUGACUUUCGAGCAUGUGCAGAUGAGGCGGUGCUGCUGAACCUCCGUCAGAGGCCGCGGGCCAUCGGGGUGUUUGUAGACAUCGAGGAUGGGAUGGUGUCCUUCUACGAUGCCGAGAACAAGAACCACAUCUACUCCUUCACCUGCUUUCACUUCACAGAGGAAAUGAUUCCCUUUUUUAACCCAGAAAUAAGCAGCAACAGGACCAACAGAGAGCCACUCACCAUCCGGCCUGUUGACCGAGGGGCACACUUGUGA